AUGAAUAACAGCUCUACUUGGCACCUUCUCUUUGUUUUACUUUCAUUCAUCCACUGUAUUUUGCUACCUUUAACAAGUGCUUGGAAAAUUGCGCCAAGUGAAAUUCCAGCAGAUAGUAUUUUGUCAAAUGGAGAAACAAAUGUAGAAUCAGAAGGUACACCAGGAUGGAUUGAUGAUGUGAUCGGAUCGAGCAAUAAGGUACCUCAUUCUGCACAAACGUGGUACAGUUUGAACAGUCAACCAUAUACAAAAAGAAAAGACAGUCGAUUAAACAGAGAUCGUCGAUUCUUCUGUAAUCCCAUGGGAUGUAUCUAG